AAUGUUAAUUGAACUGUGACUCAACACUCGAGUAAUCCUUGUAAAAAGACGUGUAAGUUGUAUUAAUUUGCGCUGUACUAUUUGAACAUUCAGAAAAUAAUAUUAGGAGUGCUAAUUUCGAAUAAUUUACACGAAAUUCAUGACUUUGCAAGCAUGUGUGAUGAUCAUUCAGAAAAGGACUGCCAGUGCACAUCAAACCCACAUUACAGAUCUCUCCAUCAAACACUAGAUGAGCUAGACUUCAGUCGCGGGAUAUGGACUUUUGCUUUGGACGGCUGUUAUGACGAAGUUUUGAACUGCUUGGACAAGAAAGGGGUCCACCCUGACUGCCUGGAUUCUUCUGGCUAUACAGCUCUGCACUAUGCAAGCCGCAAUGGACACACUGACAUUUGCCGACUGCUAAUGGACAAAGGGGCAUCACCAAACAUUCAAACCAAAUCUGGCGGAGUUACUCCCCUUCACAGGGCAGCAUACUGCGGCCAUAAUGACAUUGUACGGCUUCUUCUUCAAAGAGGUGCAGACACGACAAUUUGUGACGAAGAUGGGAAAUUACCUUUGCACAAGGCUGCGGAGAAAGGCAACAAGGGUAUAACAGAACUGCUUCUACAGGCAGCUCCAAAUAGCAAAGCAUCUCGUGACAAACACGGUCGGACACCCGCUGACUGUGUUCCUAGCUGUCAAGGGGAUCUCAAGGACUUGCUAAAAGUGUGAAUAGGCAUCUGGGCUAUUAUUGUUCAUCCUAAAUUUAGACUGAACCUUUGUUAACUUUCAAGCAUGCCGUGUAUUCUUGAACAAUCUUACAACUAAUUUAAAUCACUUGUUAUUUUUUAGUACACAAAAACAGGCCACUUUUGUUACUGAUGUUUCUUAAAUAAAGGUCAUUUAAAAGAUUUGAAGGAAUUGAAACAAGCACUGACAUUUUUGUUUCCUAGAUGUUGAAACUAAGCAUUUAUACUUUCUUUAACAAUAAAAUUGUACUAAUGUGCCUUGCUCUAUAAAAACGUAGUUUAAUGCAUAAGUGUUGACCCAGAUAUGCGUGUGCAGUUCACAAAGCCUUGUCAGGGAUGACAAAUGCUGCUUGUAUGGUAUUUUUCGAUUUAAGGAAGAAUCUUUUUAGUAAAAAUUGCGUUUAAGUGGCAAGUGCCGUCCCUGAUUAGCCUGUGAGGACUGCACAGGCUUAUCUAGGACAACACUGCACACAUAUAUUAAGCAUAUCCAUUUGCAAGGCUCAUAUAUGUUGCAAGAGUUUAACAGGAUUUGCUCCUGAUCUAUUCAAUAUCUCAUAAAAUGCUUGGUUUAGAAUGUUUUUUCCGAUGCCAUUAGCAAUAAUGAUGAUAUGCAAAUGCAGUUAUUUUGUCUGUA